AUGGUAGUCUCCAAUUUGAAACGCGAAACUGUCGACAUUGAAAAAACAGCCAAGAAAGAUGAUAAACCUCUUUUUGCUCUGAAUGUUGAAGCGGUUGAUAUUAAUGAAGAUCCAGAUGUUCCAAGGUACGAUCCCCAUACAGGGGUGAAAAGGGCGCUCAAAAAUAGGCAUAUCUCAUUGCUAGCGUUGGGCGGUGUUAUUGGCCCUGGUUGUCUUGUUGGUGCAGGAAACGCACUUAACAAGGGCGGGCCGCUUGCUUUACUCUUAGGCUUUACUAUUAUCGGGAUUAUCGCCUUCUCAGUGAUGGAAUCUAUAGGUGAAAUUAUUACCUUAUAUCCCUCGGGCGGCGGAUUUACUACUUUAGCUCGAAGAUUUCAUAGCGAUGCACUGUCUGCGGUUUGCGGUUAUGCUUACGUUGUCGUGUUCUUUGCAGUUUUGGCGAAUGAAUAUAACACCCUCUCAUCUAUACUACAGUUCUGGGGGCCCCAAGUUCCUCUAUAUGGUUAUAUCUUGAUAUUUUGGUUUGCAUUUGAAAUUUUUCAGUUAGUUGGUGUUGGCCUUUUUGGUGAAACAGAGUAUUGGCUUGCCUGGUUGAAAAUAGUGGGAUUAGUGGCCUAUUAUAUUUUCUCGAUUAUUUAUAUAUCUGGGGGUAUUAGGAAUAGACCAGCUUUCGGCUUUCAAUAUUGGAAUAGUCCGGGGGCAUUAUCGCAUGGGUUCAAGGGGAUUGCAGUGGUAUUCGUGUUCUGUUCAACUUUCUAUUCCGGAACGGAAUCUGUUGCCUUGGCUGCAACAGAGGCUAAGAACCCUGGAAAGGCUGUGCCACUUGCCGUUCGACAAACCCUGUGGAGGAUCUUAGUUGUCUAUAUUGGAAUUGCUGUUUUCUAUGGAGCAACCGUUCCUUUUGACGACCCAAACCUCUCUGCUUCUACCAAAGUCCUAAAAUCACCCAUUGCCAUCGCUAUAUCUCGCGCUGGUUGGGCCGGUGGAGCGCAUCUGGUUAAUGCCUUUAUUUUGAUAACUUGCAUUUCCGCCAUUAAUGGGUCGCUUUAUAUCGGAAGCAGAACCCUGACACAUUUGGCACAUGAAGGUCUAGCUCCAAAAAUUCUAGCUUGGACUGAUCGAAGGGGCGUUCCUAUCCCUGCCAUCACUGUUUUCAACGCAUUGGGCUUGAUCUCAUUGAUGAAUGUGAGCGUUGGAGCUUCAAACGCGUAUUCUUAUAUCGUUAACCUUUCUGGUGUUGGUGUUUUUAUAGUCUGGGGUGUAAUAAGUUAUACACACUUGAGAAUAAGAAGGGCAUGGGUUGCUCAAGGAAGAUCUGUGGAAGAGCUACCUUAUAAAGCGUUAUUUUAUCCGUGGACACCAGUACUUAGCCUAGCCGCUAACAUUUUCUUAGCACUAAUUCAAGGAUGGAGCUAUUUCGUACCUUUUGAUGCCGGCAAUUUUGUUGAUGCUUAUAUUCUUCUACCAGUUGGAAUUUUAUUGUACGUUGGGAUAUGUGUUUUUAAGAGCAAUCACUUCAGAACCGUUGAUUUACGAUCAGUCAACCUAGACGAAGGAAGAAGGAAGGACAUGGAGUCUGAUCUCUCUGAUCAAGAAAGUUGCUUAGCAUCUUCAGAAAUAACGAAGGAUUACAAAAGCGCAACUUUUUUCAAAUACCUCACUACCAUUUUCACAUGA